AUGUCGGAACCCCCCUAUCUCGCACAACAAGUCGGACGAGAAGCUGCGGGGAGAAUGGACGGAGAUGUCGGCAAUUUCCAACGAACACAUCGUGAACCUGCUGGCACACCCGCACGUAUGGCCUCCCCGUCUCCCCAAAUUGACCCGUCCGCUGCACUGCUCAGAACAGCACCGGUUCGUCAUUUAUACCAAUUCGAAGAUGGGAGGCUCCUCAACUUGGACGGCUUCUGGGCGGGUCAACCACUGGAUUCAAUCAUCCUGCCCGGAGGAGAGGACGUCUCAGCGACAAAUGCUGGGUCUAUUAGGGCACCUAUCGGCACUACGCUCCAGCAACACCAAAACAGUACACUGGGUGAGGAGCCGGUAGACUCUGAGAUCGACAAUAGCGGACGCACUGCAACACCGGCGCACACCACUCCUGCGCUCCCUCCCCAGUCUCGAGAGACUGAGGUUCCUGGACAGAUGGCCGGCUUUUGGCUCAAUGUGGGGAGACGGAUCCACAGCCGUCUAGAAUUGUCUGAAGAUGAUCAGGACGCCAUGGCAGAUCUUCUCCGGGAUUCUCCUCCCCAGUGGCUAUCGCAACUUGGAACAAGGUCUGGUGUUCGGGUGGAAGCCCGCGAAGCAUCUGGUCCGGGAGUUUGUAGAGCGUGUCUAGAAUCCGAGCACAGUCGCAUUCAUCUCACUUGUGGUCAUGAUUAUUGCCGAGCUUGCCUCAACCAGCUAGUCAGAACAGGCCUCACGAACAAAAUGUCUUUUCCACCAAGAUGCUGCAAUGGUUUUCGAGGCCUAGACAUGAAUUCUGUCGAAGAAUAUUUGGACGAGGACGUUGUCAUGCGUUACUUCAGUGUCGUCGAAGAAUAUUCUUCACGCAAUCCCACCUAUUGCGCGAAUCCAGUCUGCAGCCGAUACAUGGAAGAGAGCCAUAUUGGAAACAAUCAAGGCCAAUUCGUCCAGUGCGGAGAGUGCCAGACUCAAACCUGUACUGAAUGUAAGCAAGGACUUGACCAGCAUACUGGCGAAGACAGAACAACCUGCAAGAAAGUGGAAGAGCUGAUGAACGAUGGUGAUCGCCAACUUGCCCAGGAAAAGCGGUGGAGGCAUUGUCCGGGGUGCAAGAAUCUGGUUGAGAAGGCUGGCGGAUGCAACCACAUGGCUUGCGAAUGCGGCGCCAACUUUUGCUACGAGUGUGGUGCGAAGCCACACGGUUACACACCAUGCAACGGACUAUUCUCUCAGCUACGUAACCUAGAUCCUCCAGCCCAGCCUGGGGCUUUCGGACCAGCCGGUACCGGUGAAGACCAUCAUGCUGAUGGUGGCUUGGUCUCACACCAAGAAGCAACCGCAGCAGACAUUGCAGAAAUUAACGCAGCAUCUGAACGAGACGCCACACAACGAGCACGAAUAGUACGAUCACUACAAGCACGACGAGCACGAAUAGCACAACGGGCACGACAAACACAAGCAACACAGGACGCACGAGUGGCAGAACAAGGACAGGAGACGAUCGAGCCGCAUCAAUCUUGGGCUCGACCAACGCUUCUGCAUGGGCGCCUGCCCCGGAGGCGACAAAUCUGGAGCCCUCGCCUGCACAAGGAGCAGGAACAGGAGCAGGAACAGGAGCAGGAACAGGAACAGGACCAGGACCAGGAAUCCGCCGCCCGAAGCGUCGAAUAA